GUGGCUUUUACCCGAUGAAGUGGAAAAUGUGCAAUAGGGGACAUUUUGGUGUGUGAAGGAAAAAGGCGUCCGCAUUUUAAACACUUUACAUUUUUCCAGGAUGCAGUGACGCCACCGGGAGAGUAACUGUGUUUUCUGACGCUGUGUAACGGCCCGAAGCGUCGGUGCAAGAUAAACAUGCUUCAGACGAGGCGGACUCCCGGUGCUACUCACGGCUUUAUUUCCCUUUAGCUUCAGCAGGAGUUGUAAGGUACCUUAUGCAACGAGUGCAGCGCAAAAAUAGCUUCUCUAUGCCAAGAUAAAGUAUGGACGGGUGGAGCGCUAUCCCUGCCUCGGAUAACGACCCGUCCAGCUCGGAGGGGGAGUACAUGGUGGAGCAGGGACCCGAAGAGGAAGCGGCGGACAGGGAGCAGCAGCAGCAGCGGGGUAACGUGGACGGGAUGGACGACAUGGGCAAUGGUGCUGUCGGGUUUGGGAUGAGUGGGACAGGGGAGGGCAAAGUGGUGCUGGGUCGACUCGGACAGAGAGACGACAAAGAACUGAGGUACCUGCACUUGCUGUGGGAGCCGGGGCGAGGAGAGUUCGGUGCGGGUGAUGUGGCGAGCAAGCUGGGGAAGAUAACGGGGAGCAGGGCCAGGCGGCACCACAGAGCCGUGCGGAACCUGGGUCCCAUCGGUAAAGAUGUUUAUGCUGCCAAAAGACUGAGGGAAGCAGCAAACAGCAAUGAUAUUGACACAGUCCGAAAGCUCCUGCAAGAUGACGUAGACCCCUGUGCAGCAGAUGACAAAGGAAGGACAGCUCUUCAUUUCUCUUCCUGCAAUGGCAAUGAGAGCAUUGUGCAGUUGCUGCUGAGCCACGGUGCUGACCCCAACCAGCGAGACAGUCUGGGGAAUACCCCCCUCCAUCUGGCGGCCUGUACCAACCAUGUGCCUGUAAUCACCACACUGCUAAGAGGAGGAGCCCGCGUGGAUGCCCUUGAUCGAGCUGGCAGGACCCCACUGCAUCUAGCACGCUCUAAGCUGAACAUUUUGCAGGAGGGAGAUUCACGCAGCUUAGAAACACUGAGAGGGGAAGUCACACAGAUUAUUCAGAUGCUGAGAGAAUACCUGAAUUUAAUGGGCCAGAGUGAAGCUAAAGAGAGGCUGGAGCACAUUUCGACACAGUUGGAGCACACGCGCACCAAAGAGCAGGUGGAUGAAGUGACUGACUUAUUGGCCAGUUUUACAUCACUCAGUCUACAGAAACAGAAUUUGGGCGACAGGUAGAAGAUAAAACACUGAAGAAGUGAAACUCAGCGCCUGUUUUUUUUUUUUUUUUUGGGCCACAAGCUUCUGCUUUACUAGCUUCGACCUGGCCAGCACGAGCUGAACCACCACGCUGUGGUCAUCUCUUAAACUGAGCGUUAAGAUAAAUUGCCCUUUGGAACAGUUGUACUUUUUGUUAUAUAUGUUUGUUUUGGUAAUUAUUUGGUUGUUCUCAAACUGUAGGCUGUACCCCACUGGUGGGGUACAAAGCCCCACUGCAUGUGGCUUCAUAUAUAUAUAUGUGUGUGUGUGAGUGUGUGUGUGUGUGUGUGUUUAAAUGAGUGUUGUUUUGAUGUUAUGCUGACGUUUUUUAUUUUUAAAUUAAUGAAUGCCAAAAAUUGUGCGUUUUGGUGAUUGAGCUUAAACAACGGUGAGAGUUUCGCAGUUUGUCCAGAGUGCCAGGGUGCUAACAGUGCUACACAACAUUAUUAUCUUGGCUAAAAUGAUUAGAUGCUAAUCAUAUAAGAACCCCCCUCACCAGGACAAAACACUGAGAACAGGAAGCUAGUGGAAGUGCUGCAGCACGAGUGACAGCAUUUGAGUCAACGUGCGAUUUUGUUUGUGUGCUCAUGUUAAUUUCUUGCAGGUUACCAGUAAAGAUGAUUUGAGACAAAAUGAUUUAACAUUUAUCACUGUUGUGAUUUUUGGUUCUUAUGGACAGCCUCUUUGUAUCGUUGCCUUUUCCUCUUGUGUUGCAUGUCUGUGUGAACUGUACUGUAAGAUUGACUUGGUUGUUAGAAACUGAUGUAAAUCAAUAAAUUGUUAUCUUUGGCUAUA